CAAUGGAGGAUAUGGUACGGAUGGCGUUCUUGAUCCUGGUUAUGUGGCUGUUUGUCACAGCAAGGAGACAAGCAAUUUUUAAGAAGAAGCUAAAGGCAGCAAGACUAGAUACUGCUGAAAAAAACAAGGAGAGUUUGGGAAGUAAUUAAUCAGAAUGACGAGAGAACAAUGGUUUCUCAAAGACGAAGCAAGAGGACCGUUUGUUUGGGCGUUCAAUCGAUCAAAUGAGUGGUGGGAUGUGAUUGUUCCUGGAUUCACUAACACACAGUGGUUCCAGAACUUCAGAAUGUCAGAAGAAACACUCACCUACAAGUGCAACAAACGUUGUCCUGUGAUGGAAAGACACGACACAAACUUUCGCCGAUGUGUACAUCUGAAGAAGAGGGUGGCCAUCACACUGUGGAAACAUGUGACCGGCUCAGAGUACAGAAGUGUCGGCCAUCUUUCUGGAGUGACUGUACAGAGAUAAUUGGUGGAAAGGAGGUGACACCUCACUCCCUCCCCUACAUGGCUCUGCUGGAGGACAACAAAGGACAAAGAGUUUGUGGAGGAAUCCUCAUUCAUCAGCAAUGGGUCCUGACUGCUGCUCACUGUCCUCAAAUCAAGAAGGUGUUGCUGGGUGUUCACGCCAUCAACAAAAAGAAGAAGGAGAGGCAGGUCGGGAUGGUCGAAAGUCAAGUGCCUCAUCCACGUUUUAACAAAAAAUCAAUAGUCAAUGACAUUAUGUUGCUGAAGCUCGAUAAGGAAAUAGAAAUUAGUAGGGCAGUGAAUGUCCUGCCUUUACCUGACUCAGUGGACGACGUCCCAGCAGGAACCGUCUGUUCAGUGUCAGGAUGGGGGGCCAACCGGGACAACACUAAAACUAUGUCCAAAGUCCUGCAGUCAGCCAGUGUUACAGUGAUCGACAGACUGAAGUGUAACUCUCCAGAGUACUACAAUAAGGACCCAGUCAUCACCAAAAAGAUGCUAUGCGCCGGCUUCCUGGAUAAUAUCAAAGUGGACGCAUGUAAGGGAGACUCUGGGGGUCCAUUGGUGUGCGGCGGUAAGCUACAAGGAGUCGUGUCUUAUGGUAAAGGAUGUGGCAUCAAGAACAAGCCUGGAGUUUAUACAAUGGUGUCUAAAUACCUUGACUGGAUCAAUUCCAUAAUGCAGGAAAAACCGCUGACCGAGUGACACGGUUAUUAAUGUUUCAUCUUCACCAAGUAAAGUGCGAAACAUGAAUAUGUGAAUAAAAUGUGAA